AUGGCGGCUCCGAGACGCAACAACGAAACAUCAAAAGCAGAGCCGUUACGGGAGCCCUGCAUCCCCAACAUGAACAAAGACUCGAGCUUCACGUACGUGCACAUGCACCGCGCCGGCGACGCGGACCUCUUCGAGGAUUUCUGCCGCGAUAAGCUGCCCGACGACGAAAUCUACGUGCCGCCGCAGCACCAGCCCAUUAACCCCGAGGACGAGGACGACGUGGUACCCGACCAGCACGCCGCGUUUGGCAUCCAGCGCGCUACCCAGCGCGUCAACGAGCCAGCGUGGAAGGACCUGGGCCUGGCGUCACUCAUGGACAAAGGGCCGGAUGCGAAUGGGAAGAAAAAUAGCGGCAAGGGUGCCGUGGGAGUCAGGAACCUACCACGAUAA